UUAGAAACAAGAAAGCAAGAAAACCCGCGACUGCAUGUCUUCAAUUCAAUAACACUUCUUCUUUUCUGCCAAGCAUAACAAUCACAGUAGAAAUAUUUGAAAUGGAUUCCUUAGUUUUGCCUGUAAAACUAAACGGUAAAACAUACCCACAUCUAUUUUUUCCUUGUCCUUUGCAUUCCCCAUCUUCUCGUUUCAAUUUCAGAGCCUCAAAGGCUGCUGCUGUUGGAAAAAAAUCCCUCAAAAUUCGCUGUGAAUUUGAGCCUAAGCUCAAUAAUGGUUUUAUCUCUCCCGACUUUGACACUCGCUUCCUCGACCGGCAAAAAGCAUUAGAUGCAGCAAUGAAUGACAUCAAUAACUCAUUUGGAAAAGGAAGUGUCACCAGAUUGGGCAGUGCUGGUGGAGCGCUGGUCGAGACUUUCCCUAGUGGCUGUUUGACCCUAGAUUUUGCUUUAGGCGGUGGCCUUCCUAAAGGUAGAAUUGUCGAGAUAUAUGGACCAGAAAGUAGUGGGAAGACCACCCUGGCACUCCAUGCAAUUGCAGAAAUUCAGAAGCUUGGUGGGAAUGCAAUGCUUGUUGACGCAGAGCAUGCUUUUGAUCCAGCAUAUUCAAAAGCAUUGGGAGUGGAUGUAGAAAACUUGAUCGUCUGCCAACCUGAUAAUGGAGAGAUGGCACUUGAAAUUGCAGAUCGUAUGUGCAGAUCUGGUGCCGUAGAUCUUAUAUGUGUUGAUUCUGUAUCAGCUCUCACUCCACGAGCAGAGAUUGAAGGUGAGAUUGGGAUGCAGCAGAUGGGUUUGCAAGCACGACUUAUGAGUCAAGCACUUCGUAAAAUGUCAGGAAAUGCUUCAAAAGCUGGUUGUACUCUCGUUUUCCUUAAUCAAAUAAGAUACAAGAUUGGUGUAUAUUAUGGCAAUCCAGAAGUGACAAGUGGAGGAAUUGCUUUAAAAUUUUUUGCCUCAGUUCGUCUUGAAAUACGCUCUAAUGGGAAGAUAAAGUCUGCUAAAGGAGAUGAAGAUGUAGGGCUUCGAGUUCGUGUAAGAGUGCAGAAGAGUAAGGUAUCAAGGCCAUACAAGCAAGCCGAGUUUGAAAUUAUAUUUGGGGAGGGAGUGAGCCGACUGGGUUGUGUUUUGGAUUGCGCUGAAAUGAUGGAUGUUGUGGUAAAGAAGGGUUCUUGGUAUAGUUAUGGGGAACACAGAUUGGGACAAGGAAGAGACAGAGCAUUACAGUACUUGAGAGACAAUCCUCACCUUCAUGAAGAAAUAGAGAAGAAAGUUCGGUCAAUGAUGGCAGAUGGAACAGUAAAUACAGCCUCACUUUAUUCAAGAAACUCACCGUUGCCUCUUGAAGAUGAAAAUGUUCUUGAGGAGAUCUAAUUUAUUUUGGGUCAAGGGCAGGGAGGUUGCUGCUGCUGCUGCUGCGGUUGUUGAAGGCACAAGCAGAUCAAAAAUACAGUUUUACAGUUUCCUCCCUUCACAGGCAAUUUUGAUGCAUUUCACUGUUUGUUCAUCCACUCAGUUCCAAUUAUUAAACUGGUGGAAAUUAUUCUUCUUUUGUUUAAUAGUCUUGUGGAGACUCAGACCAUCAGCUGGUAAUUUGUUUGUACACUAAAGAAUACUUACUGAUAGGAGUGACAUGUAUGAUGUAUUGUAGAAAGAUUAAACAUGGAAGGACAAAACAAAAGAGCUGGGAUUCUUGCUUUUUAGUUUAUAGAAAAAUUAAGGGCCUGUUUGUGUCCCUCGCAUUCUAUGGCAAGGAUGCACCAAAA